AUAACUGAUCUGUCCAGCAGACUUCAGGUCUGUGAAGAUUGUAUCAAAAACUUCCAAAAGCAGAUGUCCAUUACUCACCUACAACUGCAGGAUCAUUGUAAAUCUUUGACAGAAAGCAGAGAAGAGGUUCAGCGUGAGCUAACGAAGCUGCAAGAAGAAAAUGACAGUCUGGUGAACAAGUACUCUAAAACAGCACAGCAGCUUCAGAAUGAGGACAUCAGUCUCCCAAAUACUCCUGAGGAGAUGGAAUUGCUGUUACUGAAGUAUCGUGAGGAGAUAAUCUCAGCCAAAGUGGCAAAAGAACACGCGGAAGAGAUGCUGAUAAAUGAGACCAAGUUAUUGCUAUCUCAAGUUUUGGGAGAACAGCAAGAGAAGAGAACUCUGAAAGAAACUCUUGACCAAGAGAUUGCAGCCCUUGAGACUAAACGUGUUGAAGUGACCACUUUACAACAUGAGCUAGAAGAAGAGAGGGUGUUGAGGGCUCAGGCAGAGGAUAAGCUUCGGGAUUCAGAAUCGUCAUUGAAAAGCAUGCAGACCAGGUCCAAGCAGCUGUUGGGCAAGAUGCAGGAGAGGCUAGAGGAGAUGGAUAAGAAGAAGAGCAAACUGGAGUCUGACAACCAUAUAUUGAAGGGGAAGGUUCAAGCGCUGCAAGCAGAUCUCCGAAAUAGCGAAGCAGUUCAGAGAGAUUUUGUCAAACUGUCACAGUCACUGCAGGUUCAGUUAGAGAAAAUUCGCCAAGCAGAAAAUGAGGUUCGGUGGCAACACGAAGAUGAUGUUGAUGAAUGUAACAACUGUAAACUGGCAUUUACGGUCACCAGACGCAAGCAUCACUGCCGACACUGUGGCCGAAUUUUUUGUUCCGACUGCACAUCAAAGUCUGUUCCAAGUGGAUCAAAUUUUCGCCCCUCCAAAGUCUGUGACGUCUGCCACACCAUUCUUGUCAAGGAUGCGACGCCCUACUUCAGCACAGAAGCUCCUGUUACUUGA